AUGGGGUUGGGUUGUGUUCCUCUUUUCAUUUUUGCUCUCUUAGUUUCUAUUUCAAGUGCAGAGAUCUCUAACAAAAUUGGUGUAAACUACGGUCAGCUAGGAAACAAUCUCCCAUCUCCUCCCAAGUCCGUGGAACUAAUCAAAUCUCUCAAAGCCAAGCGAGUGAAAAUCUAUGAUGCUGAUCCAGAUAUCCUUAAAUCCCUCAAAAACACCGACAUCCAAGUCUCUAUCAUGGUCCCUAAUGAGCUCAUACCAAACAUCUCCAAAAGCCAAUCUCUCUCAGACCAAUGGGUUCACGCUAAUGUCGUCCCUUACUACCCAGAUGUCAAAAUCCGAUAUCUCCUCGUCGGAAACGAAAUCCUCACAAAUCCUGAUACAGGCACGUGGUUCAACCUUGUACCUGCCAUGCUUAAAAUCAAAGCUUCCUUAAAAACCCACAAGAUCAAAAAAGUCAAAGUGGGUACUCCAUCUGCAUUGAACGUCCUCGAGUCUUCAUUUCCACCAUCAAAUGGCACGUUUCGGUCCGAUAUUGCCGGUCCGAUAAUUAAACCGAUGUUGCAAUUCUUGAACCGCACCAAGUCGUUCUUUUUCAUUGAUGCCUACACUUAUUUCGCUUGGGCCGAUAACCCACAAAACAUCAAUUUAGACUACGCGCUUUUGAAGGCCCAGAAUAUAACAUACACCGACCCGGGUACAAACUUAACCUACACAAACCUCUUUGACCAAAUCCUAGACGCCGUCGUUUUCGCGAUGAAACGUCUCGGUUAUCCGAAUAUUCGUAUUUUUGUCGCGGAAACCGGUUGGCCCAGUGGCGGAGAUAUUGACCAAAUCGGAGCAAAUAUCUACAACUCUGCCACUUACAAUCGCAACGUUGUAAAAAAACUCACUACAAAACCCACAAUUGGAACCCCAGCCCGACCCGGUUGGGUCAUACCUGCUAUCAUAUUUGCCUUGUAUAACGAGAACCAGAAACCGGGUCCCGGUACGGAGCGGCAUUUCGGGCUAUUAUACCCGAAUGGGACUGAAGUCUACGAGAUCGAUCUCAGUGGAGAGACCCCGCUAUCGGAGUAUAAAAAGGCAUUGCCGGUUCCGACAAAUAACGAGCCUUAUAAAGGGAAGGUAUGGUGUAUGGUGGGUGAGGCGGCCAAUAUGAGUGCAGUGGCAGAUGCGUUAUCUUACGCUUGCUCGCAGGGGAAUAAAACUUGCGACGCUAUCCAGCCCGGGAAGAAGUGUUAUAAACCGGAUUCAUUGUUCUGGCACGCGAGUUAUGCGUUUAGUUCAUAUUGGGCACAGUUUAAGAAAAUUGGUGGCACCUGUUCUUUCAACGGGCUAGCUACCAAGACGCCUAAGGAUCCAAGUUUUGGACAUUGCAAGUUCCCAAGUGUAACUCUUUGA